AACCUAAAUCUUGUGUUAUAAUAUAUUGAGUAUAAUAUGUUGGAUUAAUGAAUGAAUUAAAUGAAUUGCAUUAUCAUGCGGUCAUGUAACGUAACGAUACCGACAAUUAUUAUUAAACAAAAUCCGAAUUUGGCAAUCGCUUAUGUAACAUUAUAUUUAAAUCACCUGAGAACCUGAGAAAGGUCAAGAAUUCUAUUGCAGAAACCAGAAAGAAAUUGAAAUUGCCGUCACAUAAUCAAGAAAAUAUACCCUGGGUCUCACUUCUUAUUACUAGUGAAAGGUAAACACAUACAUACACACUCGCAGUCGUUUUUAAGUCUUGCAACAGCAAGUCAGGUCAGCAGGUACCACAUUUUUCAAUAAUUCGGUAAAAUAUUAUUAUUGUUUUCGAUAUUUAAAACUGUAAUUAUUAGAUGCAAGUUCAAGUUGCAAGGUGAAGGGAACCAGUGAAAGAAAAUUAAAAUGCAUUAAAACAAAUGCACUUAAGUCCGUUUACUUUCUUAGAAGCUGCGCGCUGCAUCGCGCAAAGUAGUACCGAGUUACUUCAGUGUUUAAAGUAGGUGACUCUUGACGGAACUGUGAGGUAGAAAACGAUAUCUGGUGUUUCUUUUGUAUUCUGUUAAAGAAGUGGUGUAGCGAUUGUAAUCAUGUCGAUUAGUGCGGCUGUGUGUGUCCGAGAUGUAGUCAAAAAAUAUGGGGACAAGACAAUUUUGGACGGACUAUGUAUGAACGUGGAUAGAGGGACAAUUUAUGGAUUGUUGGGUGCUUCUGGAUGCGGCAAAACAACAUUAUUAAGCUGUAUGGUAGGAAGAAAAAGCAUCAAUUCUGGAGAAAUAUGGGUUCUGGGUGGAACUCCAGGAGAAAAAGGCAGCGGGGUGCCAGGACCAAGGGUUGGAUACAUGCCCCAGGAAAUCGCUCUAGUAGGAGAGUUUACAGUAAGAGAUGCGGUCUUCUAUUUUGGUCGUAUUUUAAAUAUGCCUGAAACGCUGAUCAGUGAGAGAUUCGAAAAACUAUCGAUGUUAUUGGAUUUACCUCCAGAUGAUAGGUUUUUGAAAAACUGCAGCGGAGGACAACAAAGACGAGUAUCGUUUGCUGCUGCAAUGGUGCACAUGCCAGAGUUGCUUAUUUUAGAUGAGCCAACAGCUGGAGUUGACCCCUUAUUGAGAGACAAGAUAUGGAAUUACUUAGUCGAAAUUGUCCAUUCUGAAAAAAUAGCUGUGAUUAUAACCACACAUUAUAUUGAAGAAGCUAGACGAGCUAAUAAGAUUGGUCUGAUGCGUAAUGGUAAAUUAUUAGCGGAAGAAUCCCCAGCAAGACUUCUACAACUUUUCCAUACAGAAACUUUAGAAGAAGCUUUCCUUAUUUUGAGUAGAAACCAGGAAGAUGGAAUAAUAAAUAGUGUUAUGGAAGCAUGCAAUAGGCAAAAUGGUAAUGGAGUAAUAGAAUCUGCUUCGUCGACUACUUCUGUCGCUACAUUCGAUAUGGCUUAUGGAUCAAAGGACGAACUCACCAAAGAAAAAAAGACUACAAAAAUUAAAAAGGACAAUACCAGCAUGGAGAGUUAUAGAAUGAAGGCUUUAUUGGACAAAAAUUGGAAACAAUUUUACAGAAACGUCACGGGUAUCGUUUUCCUUAUCAGUUUUCCUCUAUUACAAACCCUGUGCUUUUUACAUGGGGUAGGUGGCGAGGUGAAAGACCUGAAGCUGGGCAUCGUCAAUGACGAAACCAUGACCACUCGGUGCUCAAAUUUUGUCUUUAAUGGAACCACCGAAAUCCACGACUUUGAUUGUAAUUUUUAUAAUAUGAGUUGUCGGUUUUUGGAGUAUUUGGAGCAUCCCAUGAUAGCUAAGGUCAAAUUUAAUACUUUGGAUGAAGCAAUUACCGCAAUAACCCAUGGACAAAUAACUGGAGCGUUAUAUAUGGCUGAAAACUUCACGCAGUCUUAUCAGAGCAGAAUUGAAGAUGGCAAAGAUGCCGAAUCCUGGAUAUCGGAAUUUGGAGAAAUUAAAGCAUAUCUGGAUAUGUCAAAUAGGCAAAUUGGCAUGACGUUAAAAUUCAAACUCUACAAACUCUUCUACGAUUUCCAAGAGGAAGUUUUCAGAGAAUGUAAUUGGCCUGCGAGGUUGGGAAAUUUGCCUAUGAGAAGAGAGUAUAUGUAUGGUGAUGAGGAAGAAGUUUUUACUAUUUUUAUGAUACCUGGAACUCUUGUGACUAUGUGCUUCUUCUUGGGAUCAAUGAUGACUUCACAAAUAAUAAUCACAGACCGGAAAGAUGGAGUAUGGGAUCGAUCUAUUGUAGCUGGGGUUACAUCGCUUGAAAUUAUUUUGACGCACUUCAUUUUGCAAGCUUCCAUAAUGGUGGUACAAGCGAUUGAAGUGCUGUUUACGAUUUUUGUAGCUUACCAGUAUACUUAUAUAGGAAGUACUGCAGUAAUGUUUCUACUCACUUAUUUCGCCGGGAUUUGUGGAAUGGCUUAUGGCUUUUGGGUAUCUACAAUAUGCGAAGACCAUUCACAAGCUAAUAUUUCAGUAACAGGGGGAUUUUUACCUAUGAUGUUAUUAUGUGGUUUGAUUUGGCCACUGGAAGCUAUGCCAAUAGGUCUCAGGAUAUUCGCUAAAUGCCUUCCAUUUACCUUAGCCAUAGAAUCUUUAAGGAACGUAAUAAAGAAAGGUUGGCCUUUAUGGGAUUUCCAAGUAUUUCAAGGGUUCGGGGUGUUACUUUUGUGGAUUCUAGGCUUGGGUAUUAUAAGUGUUUGGGCUAUGAAAUUGAAAAGAUGAAUCUGUUUUCAUUUUCAAUUUUAUUAUGUUAGCCAAAGAAUAUCUCUUGUUAUGAGCUUUCUAUGAAAGAUAGAAAAAUACUCUUAUAAUCACUGUAUAAAAAUUGGAAUAAUUUUUUUUUUAUUGUGAUAUAUUUUUGGGAGGGGUAAUUUUUAAGUGAAUAGACAUAUUAAUUUAUAUCAUUUAUUAAUUUAAAUAAAAAAAUUUUUUACCAAAAUACAGGUUUUAUUAUGGAAAAAAGCACAGUUAAUAAAACACAAACGAAGUAAA